CACGCUCACACGGCUGCCCACUGCACCCCACACGAUCUAAUCUCAGCAUGACCUUGAUGCAGUGCAUUGCCUCAUGGUGCCUGACCAUGUGACUAACACCCUGAUGAACAAACUGCCAAAAGCAACCGAGCUUUCGUAGUCCACCACAGUUUGUGUCCGUGGAUGUCCUUUUUUUGCUGAGGGAACGGUAACAGCUCCCAGGGACGGACAGACGGUGCAGACACCUUGGAGUUUUCGUCUCAUUGGUGAUCCAGACGUCACACCUCCAUCUGCAACUCCGUCCAUUUGCCAUCCCUCGAUUGAACAGUGGGCUCCACCUACUCCACCCUCGCAGCUGUGCCUCCUCAUCUCAGGGAGUGUCGAGUGCCGAGUCAACACACAGGUCUGUGGGCUUGUCUGGAUCGCUGUCUUUGAGCUGCACCAUGCGCUGACAGCAGGAGGAGCUGUGGUCAAUGAGGAUUUUCGAGAGUGUCGGCAGGCUUGCAGGGAAAUGAUACCGCAUGAAGUGCAACGCACUCGGCCCCCUGUUGUCCUCCGCGGCAGCAGCAGGUGUGACGUCGUGAAAUUCUCGCCAACAAUACAGAGCCCACGCACCAGCCUCUGAAGACCCCAAGGCUGAAGAGACCGUCCUACCCUUCCCCUCCAUUCCCAUCUUAUUGCCGAUGUGUUGGACUUAGUUUCCAACAAUAAAGAAAACUUCUGAUAGCUAGUCACCGUCAUUUAGCUAUCUUCAAAAAGCGACGGCUGGUAUGGUUAGGACACAAAAGUGAAAUAGAGGAUAUAAAGUUGAGGAUAGAAAACAAGACUACUGCCUACAAAUUCGACCCAAAUUCAGCAUGAAAUCCAAUCAGGAACGCAGCAAUGAAUGUUUGCCCCCAAAGAAGAGGGAGAUCCCCUCCAGCACGUUACCGUCUGAGAACUGUUCAGCCAACACGCCACCUGCCAGUGACAGCCAGCGUGCUGAGAACAUGGCCUGGCUUGCAAGUGUGGCUGGGGGAAAAGAGAGCGGUCGCCAAAGCACAAGCAAGUCUGAGAGGCCCCCGUAUAAAUCUUCAUCAUCAGACCCGCUGUCCUCCUCUUCAUCGUUGAAGUUAUUCUCGUCUCUCCCUGCAUCUUCUCAAUCCACCGUUGGAGGAACAGUCCAUUACACUCAACUGCCUCAGAAUCUGCAGUUCAUAACGUCCCCCUACCAUUCUCCCUAUGCAAGCUACAUCUCCCCUCAACUGCUCCCCCCUCCUCCACCUCCACCGCUCUCCUCUUCCUCGUCGACUUCGGCUGCUCAGAGACAUUCAGAUACACAUGCGUCGAAACAUGACCAGCAUCGAGCAUCACUGGAGCGCACCUCCAUGCCUCCACCACCGACAGACUCCACUCCUCAUCGUGUUCAAAUAUCGACCUCCCCACGGACUGUGCCAUCGCAUCACCACCACCCCCAUCACUCUUUGCAUCCACAUCAAAGUUUGGGGCAUGGAAUGUCGCAGGUCUUGGUUCAGUAUGCUGAUGGACAGAGAAAAGAGGAAAUCAGACCCAGAGAACUUCUCAAUGGCGGACUUGAAAUGGGCCGACGAUUUUCAUCUUCCUCUGAGUCCAACCACCCAAAACAUGGAAGUAAAUUUCGUGACGCUCCCUCUUUGUCUUUGUCGGCACAUGAGGCCCGCCAGCGUGUUCUGCCUUUAGAUUACAGUGCUGAUGAUCCCAUGGGGUUGAGAAGUUCUGUUGUACUAAUGCCGAACAGCCAGGGGGACCUUCAGUUGGUGCCUGAGAAGCUAACAACGCCUGCCCCCACGCAUCCAGAGAAAGGAGGCAUCCUCGUGGGCAAGCCCGUCCAUCGAAACACCUCUUCAUCCAGUACCACUAACUCGUUCACGUUUUCCCCGCCGUCAUUGCCGCAGACGGUGAUACAGACUACCCAUAAUUCCACAGAGCCAAUGACAAUGGGUCUCCCCUCUACCAGUAUCUACCCCCAACCCCCAAUUAUCGGCUACAUCGCAGGGGCCGGUGGGAACCAUUCAACCCCGAUUGGCUACCAGCAGCAUUUACUCAUUCCUAGCGCCCAGCAGGUCAUUAUCCCCGUGACUGGAGGCGGGAUCACCACAUUAGACCCCGUAACAUCCCAUGUGACAUCUUACACUCAAGCCGCACCAUUUCCCACCACCGCACUUCCACACACGUAUGUCGCCGUCCAAAAAGGAGAGUCCCAUAACAACGCUGGUGGCUUGUACCAUCAAGCUGCAUCUGAGGCAGUUGUUCAUCUACCGGUCGUUCCAGCUCCUCCUGACCAGCUGGCCGCCUCCACGGCUCCCCCAACGAGCUCGGCGCUUCCACAUUCACUCCCCCCGUAUUUCUUCAAGGGCUCCAUCAUUCAACUGGCCAACGGGGAGCUGAAACAAGUGGAAGACCUGAAGACAGAGGACUUCAUUCAGAGUGCAGAGAUCAGCAGUGAGCUCAAGAUUGACUCGUCUACGGUGGAGCGCAUUGAUGGGAGCCACACCUCACCUGACUUUGCUGUGGUUCAGUUCUCCGUUGGUGAGCAUCGCGCACAGGUGAGUGUGGAAGUCCUGGUGGAGUACCCAUUCUUUGUCUUUGGCCAAGGCUGGUCUUCAUGCUGUCCAGACCGCACCAACCAACUUCUGGAGCUGCCUUGCACCAAACUCUCCGUAGGUGAUGUCUGUAUUUCGCUUACCCUGAAGAACCUGAAGAACGGGUCUCUGACUAAGUAUCAGUCCCUGGAGCUGACCGAUCCGUCCGCCAGCCACCUCAAAGUGUCCAGAACCGUCUCUGAUGCUCCUCAGAGCUGCAGUGGAGGAGGCUCCAGGCACGGGGAGCGGGAGAAUGGCAUCAGGGGUAGAGGCGGGAGCGGGAACAGCAACAGAGGAAGCACCGAUGUCCAAAACGGCGACCUCGUGUUUGGGGAUAGGGUUUCUAAAGAUCAGGUUGCUGGCUCAGGGAAGCCACCAGGGGGCAGAAAACGACGUUGGUCGGCUCCUGAGGGUCGGAAAGUGGACAACUCGGAGUACGAGCCUCCUCUGACUCUGCCCAAACCAUCCUUCAUCCCUCAUGAGGUGAAGGUCAGCAUCGAGGGACGGUCAAACAUCGGCAAGUGACGGACCCAUAAAAACCGAUUUGAUUUGGAAAAACACAAAAAAAUGUGAAUGCCCACUUCAAUGUUUCUUUCGUUCACGUUUUGUGUUACAAAUUGAACAGUUACAGUCGACUCACGCUCCAUGGUUUCAACUUCAGUCAUGUGGUGUGAUAAGCUAGUUGUUAUCACAAAUUGGCAAUUUGUUUUUUUUAACACAGAAUAUGUCCGUGAGUCAAGAGGCACGAAUAACCAGCCCCUCGCGUCAUUUUGUAUGAAUUAGAGCUCCGUUUGUACUGUACCAGCUUUACGUUUUAAGGCGACAGUUGCAGACAUUUAAACCAGUACAGCCAGACCUGCAUAGAUCGGAAAAAUAUUAUCGUAUAGAUAAAAACGCAGUACACUCGCGAUCAUGGUUUACUGUUGAUGUGUGUGUGUUGCCAGAACAUUCUACAGUCCCCGAGUGGCGUCGUGGCCCUAAGCUGCUGCUUAGUUUGCCUAACAGUAGAGCUGAAUCUGCCUUGGUAUGGUUUCUUUUUUGGUCCAAACACCUCCUUUCAUUGAUUGAAAAAUCAAACGGCGAAUCAGAGAGUCCAAAUUUGCUUUUCAUUUAAAGUGAUCCGUGAAGCAUAAUUAACUAAAGCUGGUUGGCCCGUCGGUUGUGAUGGUCAGAUAAGGGUUGGUGUUCCAGAAAUUUGAUUCUCCCUGAAGCGCUGUUCUUGUUCUUGGAUGACAAACGCUUCACCCCACCAGCCCUCAUCGUGAUACCUACGUCUGAAACACACUGGCAUGAAGAGGAACUAAGUAAACCUACAGGGUCAAUAAAGGGUGUGAAGCUCCUUUCAAAUAGUUUAAUUCUACACUUUCGUAUUGUAUUAUCUACGCAGUACUGUAUAUAUUUUUGUUAAUGAGGGUAGCAACAGCACUUUGGAAAGCUUUUUACUCGUGGAAAAGUGAAGUGGUGGUCUUGUCACGUGGAAGCGGAUGUGCCAUGGGAUGACAAUGAAAGGGAAGAAUGUAGUCGGAGGAAUGGACCGAAUGAAUGUGUUGAUGUCACAGUGUGCUUGUCAGGGAAAAGUGCUGAGAUCCUUUGAUGCCGUUCUGGACUCAGACCACUGAAUUCUGAAGGGUGUCAUAUGUUCUGUAAUGGAUGUGUGUUGGAUUCAGUGUGUUGUCAGUUUGCCUCUCUCCAUACACACGAAAACACAAAUGAGGAAUACAUUGUGUCACACAUAUACAAGCUCAACGAAACUGGCUUGAUUCUAAAGUUGGAUCUGCAUGUGAGUGUAUGUGAAUGAUGUGCAGUAAGGAAGUGUGACUAGGAAAUGGUUCAGGAGCAGCCACGCACUUUGUGUUGGGACACAUAUCAACAAGGUUACCCGAGGAUAAUUAAAGUUGAAUUUGAUUCAGGAGAAAGUAAUAAGGUUUAAAGUAGACAAAGUACUCAGUGGCCCAGACGCUGCCUAUCGACUCACCCUAGAAGGCGCGGAAUCCAUGUUCUCUAAUGUAAACGGUUGGCAGUAGAAUAUGAGGAGUCAUUGUUUAACUAGGUUGGCAUGAGCAGGUGGUUGACUCCUCAUAUUCACGGACGUCACCCGAGUCUUAGGCUGUGGUUGCCAUUUGGAAAUCUGUGGAAUUCUCCCUCCGAGUUGGAACGUGUAUUUGCCAAAGUUUCUGUGUGUUGAGAAGUGUGAAGGAACGACUGGGAUUUUAUUGAUGAUGGGCGGCGGUGAGAAAUAAGGAUCUUAAACUUGGAUGCCUUCCAGGAGGGGGUUAAUCCAGGUGUGUGACUCUUGACGACACGUUUUGUGAAUCAUAGAGGCCGAAGCUGUGGUUUGAGAAGGUCAUUUUACAGGGCUGGUUCAUAAGGUUUAUUUCUGUGCCGUUCAGAAACUGAAUUAUUUUAAAGUCUAACACUUGAAUCCUAUCAACUUCAGAGAGUUAGAGUGAAAUGUUUGACUGUUAAUGUAUUGACUCCUUAUAUUUGGCGGACAAUCGUGUGAGUGUGCAGUUGUAACAAUCUCAAGGGUUUGCAAGUCAGGAUGAGGAGAGCAGAAGAAGUUCAGUUAGCUGUCUGGCUCUCUUAAAGGACGUCUAGGUCCAGUCGAAAUCUCCACACCAGCAUCGCAAGUCGUUCAGACGGUUCAGCUUGAUGGACGUGUGUAGAGGCAGUGGGAUGUAUGGGAAGAUGGGUUUGAAUAAAUCAUUGUCACAGUAUAUUUCACUUAUUUUCCUGUUGGUCAGCAGUGCAAAUGCUGCCCAGGCGUGUGUGUGUGUGUUUGUCUGUGAGUGUGUGUAACCUGUUGAACCCCAUGAUCGCUGAAAAACAGAAACCUCAAUUUGUACGAAAAGCCACUCAGAUCUUUGCUUUAGAAGUAGUCAGGUGAAACUAUCGGGAGAAAAUAACCCUCGAUACAAUCAAGUCAUAGCCAAGUGUUGUCCUGGUUCUUGUAGUAAGCAAUAUACAAAUGAGAAAUGUCGGUGCACUUUUUGGUGAGCGAGUGAAACACACGCAAUAUCAUUCCACACAACCUUCUAGUCACUAAAGUACAGCAUCAUCUAGCAGAAGAACCAAAACUAACCUGUUUGUACGUAGAAGCAUAUUUUCUGAUCAAAAGAUGAAAAUCUCUUUUUAGGAUUUAUAAAACGACUAGUCUCUUCAGGGAGCUGUUUCAUAUAUGCAGUAACGGAGAAAUAAACCGAAAACCUCCUCAAA